AUGAGCUCGAUAACCCCCCAAUCUUUUGUCGACGAUGGCGGCUCUUUCACGAAGCGCACGCCUCGCGGUCUUGACCACGGCCAUGUCGCGAAGUGGGUUACCAGCAACAGCUCAGACACCUCAGCCUAUACCGGCAGUUUCAUCGAUGACGGCGCGGACAUGCACCUUCCUCCGGAAGCGGACCCAGGCUUUGGCCCAAUCGAUACACGCUUCUACAAGCAGAGAAAACGACCAGAGCCCAAGCAUGGUUCAGGGACGAUGUGGAACAAAGACAUGCAAAAGGCGAUUAGUGGAGAUAUACAACGGAACUUGGAGAAGAUCCGAGGUCUAGGCGGACUACAGGUGAAGAAAUCGGGUCGCAAUCAGGGUACGAACGAGACAGCUGGCGGACAAGGAGAGAAGAAAAAGGAUACAGUAACGAUUCCUAUGCCACCUCAAUGGGGGACGUUCGUCAUCAAAGCAGAGGAUGGCAGGGUUAUCGUCGUGGACAAGGACGGAGAGUUCGACUCUGGACCACAAAAGGCUGUCAGUGAGCAACAGCGACCAUGGGUCAAAGCAGCGUCAACUAUCGAACCAGCCUCCCCUGCUCGCACUUCAUUUGCCCCAUCGCCACCGAAACAUCGCAACUCGACCCGUCCGUCGAAGGAACCCUCAGGCGACAGCCGGAAGCAGAAGACUAAAAGUGAAAAGAAGGACAAGGAUAAGAAGUCUCGCCAAUCACACCACUCACCACCAAAAGCCCUCACGCCUAUCCCUGAGUCGGACUACGAAGACGGCUACUUGCCUUAUGACGGCGAGAAUAUAGGGUCGCCAACGGGGUUUAUGAUGACAGGUGGUGCCAGUGGCUGGCCUUCUAGCAAGCCUACAUCUAUUGCCUCUCCAGCUAUAUCAGUGAGCGAUGGCUACGAGUACAUAGCCCCAGGCUCACCGCUCAAGACUAUCAGUGAGGGAUUUAGAUACGUCACACCAGCCUCAAGGGGCUACAAACCAGUUGUUCCAAAGUCGGACUCAUGGGUCGAAGAGAAGAGAUCAUCACCUUUAAGGACAAUCGUGAGGCAGGUUCAGAAAGGUCUUGGGACGGAGGGAAGUUUGAGGGAGCGGCAAGGCACGAAAGUCAACGAAAGACUUCGACAAUACUUCGGUAAAGAGCCAUUCGACCUACAGAGCGCCUACAGUUGA